GUCUGGCUAACUCACUUGUUCCGCUUGGUGGACAUACACACACUUCAGCCGCUGAGUGAUAUUCCGACGGUGCGAGAGUGGCAUCCACUUGAAGAGUUCGCAGCUUUCCUUUGGGAGACGGAGAGCGAAACCGACCCAUCACUGUCUAUGAAAGAUCGAUUCCUAUCAACACUGCGACGUCUUGCUGAUUCUAGCUCAGAGGGCUUCCAAGGCUGCGUUCAGCUCUUUCUUGGCCCCUCAAAGCGGGUCGUUGGAGUCAAGCACGAAAGUUUCGGUUUCAUCGAGGCAAAGGCAUUCGCUAGUUGCAGAAGAAACAGGAGUGGCGAAGCACUACAGGGUCCUCUUGCGGACUGGGGUCUGUUUUUGCUUCUGGUGGUGGGAUGCCGAGGAGGUUGUGGUGCAGAGUUCAGCAAUUGCAUGUCCUUCGUGUGGCUCUUGGGGUUUGACCCGAGGAUGCUGUCGCUGCGCGCGCGGGACACCCAGCUGCAAGAUGCAGCCAAGGUAAACACUUUGCAUGAUCGCCAUGUGACGGACCCACUUGCACUGUGCCUCCCAGAGGCGCCAAUUCAGGAAGUUGAUCGAGCCGUCCAGGCACUGGCCACCAUGGCUGAGGCGGAGGCCACCAGAUCCCGUAUGGAUACGUUGAUAGAACUUGAAAGCGCAAAGCUUGAUGGAGCGGUGGUCAUCGCAUGGGGCGUCUCCGUCAGCAUUGGGAGGAUGCUCAGAAUGGAAAAGGAAAAGGAAAUCGAGGCCAACCGCUCCCAAUUGGCUGCAAUCACCGGAGCAGGAAGUCUUUUGUCCUCUGCCCUGGGCCCUGCUGAUGAAUUCGAAGGCAGUGGCACUCCAGGGAAAAGCGUGUCCGAUUGGUUCAAUGCUGCGGUGUCUUUGCUGUUUGGACUGUUCAUCUGGUUUUCUGAAGUAGGUAGGGCUGGCUGCCUUUGCUGGUACUUCAUUGCAUCGAACGCUGCGAAUACUCUACGAUACCUUGGUUUGUUGGUUGCACAGCACGUAAAGGUCAUGGAUAGGAUAUUGAACAAUACUUUGCAUUGGGCCCACGCCAAGAAUCUGAGGUGCUCCUUGACCUUGUACAUUUUCAUUGCAGAAUGUCUGCAUGUGCAGCCGGCUGUCCAACUUUUAUUCCUUUCACAGCUGGCACGGCAGCUUGCUGAGCAGCUGGAUUGUGAAAGGGGCUGCUGCCAGCCUCCAGUCUUUGAGGCCAGCGACCUUUUGCCAGUGGCUUCCACAGAGGAGGAGUCCGAGAAGGACAAGAACAGGCGACUCUCUUUCGGUACGACGACUACGGGGGUGCCCGAAGAGGAUGAUGUGCUUUCCGAGUUUGAUGUGGGGGAGGAUAUCAAUAACGUUGAUGAUCAUCCGGACGGAGACGGUGGCGUUGCACAGGCGGCGAAGCCGCAGAUAUCCGGUGAAAGCAGUGAUUCGGACGGCGAGUCCGAGGUCAAGGAAGCGGAGUCCAGGUUUGAAGAGAACUCUUCAAACUCGAAUGAGGUGGAUGGUUCGAAUGGUGCUUCAUGCACUGGGGCACAUCAAUCAGAUUGCACGUGGGCUUGCGAAGUUGCAACAACCUUGCAAACAAGCGAGGGUUCCGAUGCUGUCAAUGGAGUUGUUCAAAUCGGUGCAGCUGAUGCAUGCGCUCCUCAGAGCGAAUCCUUAGAGGCCAAUUUCCUUCCUGAGAUAUGUCUUCACGUGCUGGGUUUUCUUCCUGUGCAAGAAGUAAUGAAACAGAAAGUUCGGGCAGUGUCCAGCAAUUUCGGCUGCCACAAG